UUUUUUUUUUUUUUUAGAGGAGCAUUUUCGGUAGUAAGAAAAUGCAUUCAAAAGCACACAGGAUUGGAAUUCGCCGCCAAAAUUAUAAAUACAAAAAAAUUAUCAGCCCGAGAUUUCCAAAAAUUAGAGAGAGAAGCAAGAAUAUGCAGGAAAUUACAGCAUCCAAAUAUAGUGAGAUUACACGAUAGCAUCCAAGAAGAACUGUUCCACUACCUCGUGUUCGACCUUGUGACAGGUGGCGAGUUAUUUGAAGACAUCGUAGCAAGAGAGUUCUAUAGUGAAGCUGACGCAUCGCAUUGCAUUCAGCAGAUACUGGAAAGUGUAAACCACUGCCAUACAAACGGGGUAGUACACAGGGAUCUAAAACCGGAAAAUUUAUUAUUGGCUAGCAAAGUCAAAGGCGCUGCGGUUAAAUUGGCCGAUUUUGGAUUAGCCAUUGAAGUUCAGGGCGAACAACAAGCGUGGUUUGGUUUUGCCGGAACUCCGGGCUAUCUAUCCCCUGAAGUACUAAAAAAAGAACCAUAUGGAAAACCAGUCGACAUAUGGGCAUGCGGUGUAAUACUUUACAUAUUAUUGGUUGGAUACCCACCGUUCUGGGAUGAAGAUCAACAUAGAUUGUAUGCCCAAAUCAAAGCUGGCGCUUACGAUUAUCCAUCACCUGAAUGGGAUACAGUUACACCAGACGCAAAAAACUUAAUUAAUCAAAUGCUAACUGUAAACCCCGCUAAACGGGUCACCGCAUCUGAUGCACUCAAACACCCAUGGAUUUGCUAUCGUGAGAAAGUUGCUUCGGCUGUACACAGACAGGAAACGGUCGACUGCUUGAAGAAGUUCAACGCCAGAAGAAAAUUAAAAGGUGCCAUUUUGACGACAAUGUUGGCUACAAGGAACUUCUCCAGUCGCAGUAUUGUAACUAACAAAAAAGGAGAUGGUUCUCAAGUUAAAGAAUCAACUGAGAGCAAUACAACAUUGGAAGAUGAUGAUGUCAGAGAGGACAAAAAAGGGACUGUGGACCGAAGCUCUACAGUAAUUGCCAAAGAUGCGGAAGGAAAUAUCAGCACGCCACCACCGUCGCCGGCGUUGUCGUCCUCUUCCGUCGGUAGCGUGCUGGGCUGCUUCAAGAGUUCCUCGUCUACGUCUUUCGGAUCUAAGACAAAUAAUAAACUGUCGAUAAUCGUCACCGGAAAUCCCCAAAAUGUCUUGGCUCAAGCACGCAAACAAGAAAUCGUUAAAAUCACAGAACAACUUAUUGAAUCAAUCAACAAUGCUGAUUUCGAAGGAUAUACGAAAAUUUGCGAUCCGCACAUGACAGCAUUUGAACCAGAAGCACUUGGAAAUCUAUUAGAGGGCAUGGAAUUUCAUAAGUUUUACUUCGAUCAUGAAUCCGUUUUGACAGUUUUAGGUAAAAAUCGAGGCAUUAAUACUACAGUGUUGAACCCUACUGUGCAUUUACUUGGUGACGAUGCAGCUUGCAUUGCAUAUAUUAUACUCGUACAAUACAUCGACAAACAAGGAGUUCCUAGAUCACACCAGUAUGAAGAGACCAGAGUAUGGCACAGGCGUGACAAUAAAUGGCAAAACGUACAUUCGCAUCGGUCAGCAUCGGUAGCAUCCACCAGCAGUGCGUUUUCGCCGUCCGCCAUCAGUAAAUAACCGAUCACCAUCGAUAAUAUAUCGACGGUCAUACAGAACAAACGAAGAGGCCCACUAUAAUAACAAUGUUUUUGUUCCUUUUUAUCUUUCUUUCUUUCUUUCCUUCUAUCUUGUUUUUUUUUUUUUUUAAUUUUGACUGAUUUUAAAGUUGAUAAUAUCGUUACAUUAUAUAUAUUAUCUACGGUUAUAUAUGUGUGUGUAUAUAAUAAUAUAUAUAUAUAGAAAAAGAGAGAGAGAAAUCUUUAUUUAUAUAUAUAUAUUAUGGAACACAAAUAAUAUAUAAAAUACUGCAGUAUGAUUUAAAUUCUGUUAACAAACAAGUGAGCAACAGAGCUAUAUUUAAAGACAUAAAGAAAAUAGUUCAAAAUGUAUAGUUAAAACUAUAAAUACAAUAUUAUAAUGUAAUAAAGUUACGUGUGAAAUAAAAAACAAAUUAAAACGCACUUAUAAUUAUUAUGAAAACUCAAAUAAUUUGCACAUUAUGUAAGAUGUCAAGAUUUAAGAAAAGAAAUAUUCAGUAAUUUUGGCUUGGGCAUGCCAUAUUUUUAAACUUAUACCCAUUUUUAGUAGUUAUACCCAUCUUUAUAUAAUAUAUAUAAUAUACAUACAAUAAUCAAUAUUACUUGUAGUCAAUUAAAAAAUACCAAUUAUUAAUUACAUUUAAUUGACUUUUUUUCAAUAAUUCGUAAAAAUUAUAUAAUAUUAAUACUUCGUACAAAACGCUAAACCAAUAAUAUUAUUACCUCUCUCUUAGGCCUAUGGAAAUAUACAUAAAUCAGUUGUUUCUUAUAUCUUGUCAUAAUAUUUAUUGUUUCCAUGUAUCUAUAUAUACAUUUUUUUUAUAACUGAUAUUUAAAAAGACUUGCGCAUAAUUGAAGUAAUUUAGAUUUAUAUAUAUAUAUUUUUUUUUUUUUUGAUUCACUUUCAACAAAAACAUAUAUUAUUACAGUUGUAUGUAUAAAUAUAUAUAUAUAUUUGUUUAUAUAUAUAUAUGUUCCUAAUACAUGAUUACAAUAAUUGUUUUAUUUAAAUUAUAUUGUAUAAUUCGUAAAAUGUUUUUUUUCGUAUUAACUUUUCAUACACAAAAUAUAUAAUUAUUCAAACUACAACACAUAUCUAUCAUAUUAUUAUCAAAUUCAUUGUUUGAAAUACAACCAAUUGGUUUAUAUAUAAUAUAUAGAACCUGCUUAUACAUUUUUGUUCUUUAAACUCGUGUUUAUCUAUUUAAAAUUAAAUUGCGAUAAUAUCAUACUUUUUUUUUAAUGAUAUAAAAUGCUUUUUAUUGUUAAAUAAAAAAAAAUCAAUUUAGAAAAGAAUUCUAAUACCUACUUAUUAUUCGUACGAUAUUUUAUAGGCGUGUUGUACCCUAUGUAAAUUAAAUUGUAAAAUAAUUUCUUUUCUUUUUAAUUUUUAAAGUAUCUUAUAUUAUAUAUUGUUCUUUCACCUCACACUUGUAUAAUACUUAACCUAUAUAAUUAUUAAAUUAUUAUUAUUAUUAUUAUUAUUAUUCUAGUCAAACAAAAUUUUGUUUUAUUUUUAUCAUUAGGCGUUUAUAUAUGUUUUUGUAUAUUUAUAUAUACAUACAUAUAUAUAUAUAUAUAUAUAAAAUAUAAUAAAUUGAGUUCAAACAAUA